AUGAAUCCAACUUAUAACCAUCGAGUGUAUCCCCAGCAAAAACCAGUAUACCAGAAAUUUGGUAAUUUGGAAUCUAGUCAACGCCAGCAAGUUGUUUUUGAACCUUUGAGCAGCGUUGACGUCCCGGUUUCAAUUAUUGAACAGGUUCUGCAAAAAGAAUACUUUGGCCGAGAACAAUCUUCAAUGCUUCAACAGUGUUGGAAUGGCAAUUGUUGCAUAUUUGAGAGAGCCUCUAUUCGCUUCAAGGCACACCAAAAAACUCCAACGGCACCGGCUUUGUGGCCUAUUAUGAUUGCCACUACAAAUACAAUUAGGGGGACAUCUCUAGCGUUACCUACACUGAAGGAGUCAAAAUUCCACUGGCUCUUUACAGAAUUAUUGUAA